GGCGUAUUGGUCUCCACACACAUACGAACUUUGCGAAUACAAUUCGCUCUACCGAAGCGUAGCAAACGGUAUUGGCCAUCAUCGUGUAUUGUCGCAAAAUGUCUGCUGCAUGAAAAAGGCCAACUUCAGCAUCCCCGGUGGAGUUUAAUUUCCUAAGUUCCGACGGGAAAGCCUUCCGCGCACACGAUUAUUCGGACCAUUCAACUCGCCCUGUGUGACGUGCACAAGUUUUUCAGAUGGCGGACGCUGAAGACGGUGAAGACUUUUCUCUGUUCGAGGAACCAAGAGAUUUUUUCAAACCUGAGGCCCAACCCACCUUUGUCUCACAUACGCUUCUCUCCGGCAAGAAGCUGACCUUACGUCUAGUAGGACAUAAUCCUCUUUGGGGUCAUUUUCUGUGGAAUGCCGGUCGGACAAUAGCCGACUAUCUCGAGGAGAAUGCUUCGGAAUAUGUUAAAGGACGUAAUAUUUUAGAGCUGGGUGCUGGUGCUGGCCUGCCAAGCCUGAUUUGCGCUCUAAACGGCGCGAACAGAGUUAUUGUGACUGAUUAUCCUGAUCCGGAACUCAUCGAGAAUUUGAAAACCAAUAUUGAACAGUGUUCAGCGUUUACCAACCCUGGAAUACUCGAAACAACCGGCCACCUGUGGGGUGAUUCUGUUGAUUCUCUUCUAGCUCUUCUUCCACCGAAUAACAAGCCUACCGGCUUCCAGACACUGAUAUUGGCGGAUCUUUUAUUUAACCAUUCCGAACACGUUAAACUAUUGCAUUCUAUCGAGCACACCUUACAGCACAGCUCAGAUGCUUGCGCCCUUGUGUUUUUCACUCCGUAUAGACCAUGGCUUUUGGAGAAAGACCUCGCAUUUUUUGAACUUGCGAAGCAAGCAGGCUUUAUGGUUGAGAAAAUUUUUGAGAAGCUUAUGGAGAAAGUCAUGUUUAAGGAGGAUCCUGGGGACGAGAAGUUAAGACGAACGGUUUAUGGCUACCGGCUCAGGAGGGCUGGGACUAGUGAAUAAUUGUCAUGAAGAACUAGAGUUUAAUGCCACGGGUUACAAGCUCCUGACAACUAUGUGUGAAGCAGGUCGCACGCACUCGUAUAGCUGAACUUUCUGAAUAUUGAAUAUCAUGUUAACUGCGCACUCGCAAGUGCUUCGACUUUGUUCAAACUGAAAAGUAUGACACUUGUCCAUUAUUC